AUGCCACCUCCAGUCGGCAGAUACGGGCCUUCUGGCCUGAGCGCUCCUUAUACACAUCUCCAACAAGCCCAUCUCCAACAACAGCAGCAGCAACAACAGCAACAACAGCAACAGCAACAGCAACAGCAGCAGCAGCAACAACCUCAGCACCAUCCGGCCCACGCCCAGUCGGCCAACACGGCUCUUCCUCCUCCCUCCCUUGGCGGCCAUCCUGGUUUCGCGGCCGGUAACCCGAACACCAAUAUCAAUCCUUUCUCAUUAUCAGGGACCGGCAUCGCGAACGGCAUGUCGGUCGCUGGGUUCGCUGGCGCUGGCGAUGGAGGGGGUUCUGGCCUCGCGAGCCAUGCGGCGCAGAUGGGCUUCGCACGCGGCGCACAGAUGCAGCAACAGCAACUACACCAGACUCACGAUGGUCGACUAGCUCUCGAGGCAAAGGCUGGCGCGGUGAAGACUCGGAUACGAGACGUAUGGAAGCACAACCUGGCCCAGGAGAUGGCUGUGUUACGACAGCUCGUCGAGAAGUAUCCUUAUAUCAGCAUGGAUACCGAGUUCCCCGGCAUUGUCGCCCGUCCCAUCGGAUCUUUUACAAACAAAGCCGACUACCACUACCAGACCCUCCGGUGCAACGUCGAUCUGUUGAAGAUGAUCCAACUCGGUAUCACCCUGUUCUCCACCGAGGGAGAGGUCCCCCCGCCCAACGCCACGGAUGCGAACGGCCGGCCCUUGGGCAACAACUUGGUACCGGCGCCGUGUACGUGGCAGUUCAACUUCCGCUUUUCGUUGGAGAACGACAUGUACGCGCAAGAAUCUACGGCCAUGCUCGCCAAGGCCGGUAUUGAUUUCAACAUGCAUGAUAAGAACGGCAUCGAUCCGUUCGAGUUUGGGGCACUCUUGAUCAGUUCGGGACUCGUUCUCCUCGAUGACGUCCACUGGGUGUCUUUCCAUUCUGGCUACGACUUCGGCUACCUGAUGAAGAUCAUGCUGUGCAAGCCGCUCCCCGAGAAUGAGGAGGAGUUCCACAAGCUUCUCAAGAUCUUCUUUCCGUCACUCUAUGAUAUCAAAUAUCUGAUGAAACAUGCUGGACGCAACCAAGCGGUCAACGAUUCGCCACUGACACCAGCCGCUGCACAGAUCCUAACAAGUCUGGGUCAGAAAUCCGGUCUACAAGAUAUUGCCGACGAGCUCGGUGUGAAACGGGUUGGCAUCGCACAUCAGGCAGGAUCGGAUUCGUUGGUCACCGGAGAGAUUUACUGGAAAAUGCGUCAGCUCGUGUUCAACGGCUCGAUCGACGAGGCUAAGUACUCUGGGCAGAUCUGGGGCUUGAACGGCCAAAUGCCUGCGCUGACAUACAAUAUGCACCCUCACCAAACACCGAAUCUGAACGGAGCGACCAUCUACUCCGCCGCUGGGACGCCGAGCACGCCCAAUGCCGGCAGCCAAACACCUCAACAUCACGGUGGGAACUUGGGCGGUGUACUCACACCUGGUGGAGCAUUGGGGGCGUUUCAAGUAGGAAAGGCAUGA